AAGCUUCUUUUUUUUUUUUUCCUUUGCUCCCCCUGUCUUUAAAGCCUCGUCGCCUCAGCAGAUUUCACCUCUCGGCCAAACCCACUGGACGCACUGCUGGCGUAGAGUGAAAGGCGCUCAUCUUUACGCGUUGCAAAGGUCCCAGGAGUUAUCUAACCUCCACCAUGACUGAUCGCUUUGACUGCUACUACUGCCGUGACAAUCUGCAUGGCAAGAAGUAUGUGAAGAAGGAUGACAAGCACGUGUGCACCAAGUGCUUCGAUAAGCUCUGCGCCAAUACGUGCGCAGAGUGCAGACGCCCCAUUGGUGCUGACUCCAAGGAGCUGCACCACAAGAACCGCUACUGGCAUGAGGACUGUUUCCGCUGUGCCAAGUGCUACAAGUCACUGGCCAGUGAGCCAUUCAGCGCUCGGGAUGAUGGGAAGAUAAUGUGUGGCAAGUGCAGCUCCCGAGAGGAUGGCAAUCGCUGCCAGGGCUGCUACAAGGUGGUCAUGCCAGGAUCUCAGAACGUGGAGUACAAGAACAAGGUGUGGCAUGAGGAAUGCUUCACCUGCAUUGAGUGCAAGCAGCCAAUCCGCACACAGAGUUUCCUGGCCAAGGGUGAGGACAUCUACUGUUCUCCCUGCCACGAAAAGAAGUUUGCCAAGAAAUGCUUCCACUGCAAGCAGCCCAUCACCUCUGGAGGGAUCAGCUACCAGGACCAGCCAUGGCACUCCGAGUGUUUUGUGUGCAAAACCUGCCAUAAAUCUCUGGCAGGAACUCGCUUCACUUCUCACGAGGACAACAUUUACUGCGUGGACUGCUACAAGACUGAUGUGGCCAAGAAGUGCCAUGGCUGCAAGAACCCAAUAACAGGGUUUGGCCACGGCACCAAUGUGGUCAACUAUGAGGGAUUGUCCUGGCAUGAGUACUGCUUCAAUUGCAAGAAGUGCUCCCUCUCCUUGGCCAACAAGCGCUUUGUCAUCAAUGGAGAGCACAUUUAUUGCCCCGACUGUGCAAAGAAGCUGUAAAAUGUGCAAACUGUUGUGCAUCUGAGAAUUUAAGAUGUAGAGUUAACACCUAAACUGACUUUUUGACAAAAAAUAGCAUAAAACUGUCAGUUUUGAUGAAACUUCUCAUUGCAAGGUUGCCAAACUACAGGCUAUGUCAAUUAACUUUCAUUUAUCUAUAUAAACAUAACUGCAGCUUGUUUCAGAGUCAGGGAUUGGAUACUAACGUGACAUAUUUUCUUUGUGGGAUUGUGAUGUGCACUAUAUAUCUAAUACAGGAUUUUGUAGAGCCUAUUGAGACAAAAGUCUUUUCAGUGGCUUACUGGAAUCUUUUGGGAAAAAAGUGCUUUUAACUUGCUUCCUGCUGCUAAUACAUACCAGCUUUGAUUAAUAAUCUGUUACAUCUCUGAAUGCACGAAUAGAUAAUGAGAAUUUCAAAACUGUUUAGAUUGACCGAUGCUGAAAUAUAAACUGCUCAUGUAUUCUUAAUGAGUGAUGUUAAAUGCAAAACAUGAAUAAAAACAAACUGAUAUGAA